AGACAGAGAAAGGAAAAGUGACUAUAGGUAAAAGCUCAGGAAGCUGUGUGAACUGAUGAUGCAGUUUUUGAGAUGAAAAACAGAAAAACUUAGGGCUGAAUACAAAAAGCAAAAGAGUUGACAGAAAAUAAUGCUAUCUAUAAGUUGUAGGCUGGAAACUUGGACUCUCCAUCAAUCGUACCCUGGCUUGAACUUCUAAAAUCAGGUUGAUAAAAGGCUAGCCCACGUGCCCAUGAAGAUGCUAACUGGAGCUAAGGCAGCACUACAGCAGCUCUGAAGGAGAGCAGAGCUGGGUGAGAUGAGAAAGCAAGGCUGACAGGCAGGCUACAGAGAGCAGGGUGAGGACAGAGGUGGGUGUCAGACAGAACAGGAACAUAGGGACUGACAGCCAUUAGGGGCACUCUGAUGCACUCCUUCUAUGCUGCAUAGUUUUUAUAUCAACCAACACAGGCUAGAACCAUUUCAGAAGAGAGAAUGUCAACUAAGAAAAGUACUCCAUUAGACUGGCCUAUAGGCAGGGCUGUAGGGAAUUAUCUUAAUUAGUAAUUGAUGUGGAAGGGCCCAGCCCAUUGUGGCUGAUGCCACUCCUGGUAGUCCUGUUUGCUAUAGUAAGCAGGUUGAGCAAGCCAUGGGGAGCAAGCCAGUAAGCACCACCCUACCAUGGCCUCUGCAUUGGCUCCUGCCUCCAGGUUCCUGCCCUGUGCUGAGGUUUGGUCUGUUGCUAGGUAUUGUAAUGCUAAGUGUGGGCCCCCAAGACCUAGAGUCUACAUGUAGCCUCUGUGACCCUGGCCCCAAAUUAUUUCUGAUUGGUAAAUAAAGAUGCCAACAGCCAAUAGCUGGGCAGAAGAGACAUCGGUGGCAUUUAGGUGGGCUUUGGGUCAGAGGAGAACCAUGAGGGGAGGAAGGUGAAUAGAGGAGAGGGAAUCCACUAUGGGUUAGGAAGAGGAAGGAGAAAAUGCCUUGGGUUAGGUAAGCCAUGAGAACAUGGCCCUGAGGGCUGGCCAAUUGGAGUUAAGAGCAGCCCAGAAGAAACCUAGUAAAUAUUAAUAACGGGGUUAUCAAUAGGAAAAUAGAUUCUAACAGCACGAAGGGUAGGCAGCUGCCCAGUUAUUGUGCAUUUAAGAAUUGUUGUAAAUAUAAAGGCUGUGUGCGUCUUUCAUCCAGGAACGCAAACAUCAAAGGCAGGGCAGAACCUCAGGGUGGGAUUGAAUAAUCACUGAAUCAGCCCUGUUUGAGUCUCUGUCCUGAAUCCCUUCCAUGAUGGACUCUGAUGCAGAAGUAUAAGCUAAAUCUGUUCUCUCCACAAUAUUUAUGCCCAUAGUGCUUUCUGACAGCAACAGAAAUCCUAACCAAGACACACUCCAGUGAAGCCUUGUAAACAUAUGCACUGUGUGGCAGGGAUCGAGGUAGAAAACGUUUUCCCUUGGAUCCAGCAAGGAAGAAGGGCACUUUGUUUAUUGUUUAGGGUGGGAACCAGAGAACUCCUAGACUGUGAAUCAUCUAGUUAUGAAAUCCCAAUCUCAAAGCCCCAGCCAGGACACAGAAGAAACUCUGUAGCCUUCAAAGAGACAGAAGUUGCUGUGGGGACACUUCACACCCAGGAAGAGGGCAAGCACACCCAUUACGGAGCUCAAAUGAAGAACAAUGCAGGGAUGGCUGUCGUGUAGACUCAAGACUUAGUUAGCUACAGAGCCCAAGCUAGGGAGUGAGUACUUCAAGGAGAACCUUAGAUUGGUAUCUGUGUAAUAGGUAAGAGAAAAUUAUAAAUACAUACACAUUAGAAAGGUUGGGUUGCCAUGGGAAAACAUUUUUACAUUUGUUUUACUGUGUGUGUGUGUGUGUGUGUGUGUGUGUGUGUGUUCAUGUAUGUAAGUGGAUGUGUGCACACCAUGGCAUACAUGUGGAGGUAAAGGAUAACGGGAAGGCUGCUGUCUGCUUUCACCAGGCGGGUUCCAAGGGUUGAACCAAGCCAUCAGGCUCAGUGGCAAGCACCUUUACCGCUGAGCCAUCUUAUAGGCCUAUAAAACAAAUUUUAAAACCACCAUCUACAGUCUCUGGAGCGAGAAAGGCAUGUAGACUGAAGAUUACAAAGUCAAGGGAUAAAGCACGGAAGAGACAAAAGUGAGAGAAACAAACCAGAAAAUGAUUCUUAAAAACAACAAACAAACCCACCAGAUGCAAAUUAGAAGAAGCAGGAGGUAGCCCACCAGGGCCUCCUUAGCUUACUGGCGCCUCACUCAGCCCAGCAAAGCCCUGGAUCUGACCCCACACACAAGGAACCACAUGAAGCAGGAAGCAGAAUGCAACAUGAAAACUUGGAGCUUUCCAGAGACACGAAGAGCUGGGGACGACAUAAGAAAAUCCCACACUUAUCUGUCAGGCUUCUCUUCUGGUGCAAAGGAAAAAGAACAAGACUUUUAAGAGAAAAUAGCUUUAGAGUUUCCUAGAUUGAAGAAAGGUUACUACUGAACUUGUAAGUUAGGAAGCAGAGACUCAAGCAAGCUAUAAAUUCAACAAAAUUCACCCUCAGACAGAAUAAAACCAUACGACAUCCAAGAUACAGUCAGCGGUGCCCCAGCGAGAGAGCAGAAUGCUGGACAGUCAGCUGUGGAACAAGGCAAGGCAGAAGAGGGUGGAACCACGUCUUCAGAAGUAGAUGCUGGGGCCUGGGGUGCGGCUCAGCUGCCAGAGCCUGCCUUGAAUGCUAACCACCUAUGAAUCAAGGGAAAGUUAAGAAGAGAGAAGGUACUAACAAAUAAGGGCAGAUAAAGACACGAACACAUACACAAACACAAAGUGAGUGUAAUAGACAUUCAAACAAAACAGGGAGGUCAGAGGGCAAGAGCAUGAUCUCAAAAGCUACAGGCAUUAACUGUGGGAGCUCUGCAGCCAGGAUGCAAGCCACGCAGUUUCCCUGGCUUCGUCCCUAGUUUGGUUGCUUCACAAAGGUCUUAGUGACUUGAACAACCUCACAUUUACUAAUCAGCAAUGCAGUACUUUCUCCCCAAAUCCUGGAGAAAUGCAGUCCAAACGUAUAAGCUAGAGAGGUCGUUUGUUUCAUUAACCAGAGAAAGAGGGGGACAUGGCAGAAAGGAGGGGGAGGGGAAGGAAAGGGGCAGAGGGGAGGAGGAGAAAGAUGGAUUUCAUAUAUGUAACAUGCUCAAAGGCUGGGAGACAGCACUCAUGGAGGUGAGGAAGGCUGUGUGAACCACCAGAGCAGAGGUUGCCAUACUGGGAAGGGAGGGGACAGUAAGCCAAGCUCACCAAGGAGUGAAAGGGUGGUGCCACAGACAGACCUGCGUCAGGAGACAGGUUGAGGAGCCACCAGCACUGCUGCACCAUGCCCCAGGGGAUGUGCUAGCCACUAUCUAGACAGCCUCCUUGCUUACAAGGUAAAACUGCUGCCCCUUUAAUAGACUGAAAAGACUGGUAAUAUGCCUUUAAGGUUGUUUUUUCUUUUAUUUCAGCUAAGGCUCUUUGAAGAAACCUACAUGAAACAGACAUAAUCACAUGACUGUAGCUGUGUGUGUGUAAGAGAGAAAGGGAGAGAAGGUCUAUGUGUGUGGGGGAGAGAGGGUGGGGGGAGAGCUGGAGAAAACUUUGCUCAUAAAGCUUAAUUCUCUUCCCACAGCAAAAUGAAUCUGCUAACUUUCUUUCUGCAGUAAGCAUGUAUAACAGGAAUAUAAACCUAAACAGAGCAUGCUCAGGAAUGCGCCCAGCCCUACAUGUGCAUUCCUAUAUGAGCAUGUGUGGGUCUCCUGAUAAACUCUCUUUGUUUAAGAAGAGCACUGCCUUCAAAUAAUGUCAGUGCCCUCCUUCCUCGAGGUUAAGUCUCCCUGCCCUCAUUUGGUUGUGUGACGGGGCUGUGCACAUCUUGUUCUGUUGUUAAUCUACUUCUGCUAUUAUGUCCACCUCUGCCCUGAGAAUCCCUCCCCUUUGCUGAAGCCGUCAGAGACCCAAGUGCAAGCUGCUGCCGUGGAACACGGCCCCACAAGGCACGCUAGACUGGGCAGAGGAGCAUGCCCACCGGCAGCAGAGGCAGCAUCAGUGUUAGCACCACCAGAACUGGGAGCUGGAGAGAGGGCCCAGAGGUGAGCAAGCAUGGUGCCCACAGCCAAAGUCACAGAACCCAACAGACUGUCAAGGAUCCAGAUGGCCCUAACAUUUGGAAAUCGCAUGCUGGUUUUUCAUUCAGCAUUUUAAAUACAUGCUGCCACCACCCACAUCAUCAGACCCAGCGGACAUUUUCUUAACUCAGUUGAAGCUCAUAAAAAUAAGGGGAAGUCAAUUACAAAGAACAUCCUUCCUUGAAAUUUUAUCUCUCUUCAUGGAGAGAAGACCUGUUCUAUGGCAUGUGAAACCACAGAGGAGAGCUGGUUUGCUGGCUCAGUUUUCAGACACUGCCUGUGAACACAGGCUGACAGGGAAGUCCAUCUGAAAUCACAGCAGCCAAGUGCAUGGCUCCUGACUGCUAACAGAAGACCAUUCUCACUCCGUGCACAUUAGGAUUCCCGCUCAUGUCCAAGUCAACGCCGCCACCCACUUGUUUCCUUGCCAUGGUGAGAGCUGUGUAAGGAAGCACUGUCUGCAGACUCCUGAUUUAAUGCACAGUACAGCUUCUGAGUGAUAACUGAAGGCCACCCUCCACAGUGUCACAUACUGAAGUCACAAGCUUCUUCACUUAGCAUUUUCAUGUCAAAGCUUUAAAAAACAUUCCUUUGCUCAAUGGUGUAAAAGGUACACAAAAGUCAGCUAAAAAAAAGUUUAUGAACGCAGUAUAAGAUAAUGCUUAUUGACACUAAAUGACACUAAAAAGGACAGUGGUUUUCAUUACAAUAAUAAAGUACAUUCUCUAAUCGGCUAUCCCCCAUUUUGGUAGUUAUAAAAAGCGAAAAUCUUCUGGGCUAGGCGGGAUUCACAUACCUGUCAGUCCCGGGACUAAGGAAAAAGCUGGGGCUAUAGUAUCAUGAGCUUUUGCCCAGCCUGGGCUAUACAGUGAGACCGUGUCUCAAAAAUUAAUGCUUGUGAAUCCUCUGUGGUGUCUGGCAUGGGGCCUCGUUAUUGAGUUCUAAACCACUGACAUUAUGCCAGUGAAGUUGGAGUUCUAAAUUUGAUUUAUUCAGUAUAUAAGUAAACUCUCAUUAUAAACAGUGUUCUAAUAUUAACAUCUGACAAUACUUUUAACUUUAUCCAAGUUACCUGUGCAGACUAUUCACACAGCAAGAUGGAACCCAUGAGCAUAGAGGCCCAAACCAUCAGCCAGCUGCAUGGUGAGCAGUCCACCUCGACUCAUCGUCCCUUCUGUCCACACAGUCUUUAGCUAUCGCACUCACUGACUCAAGCUGACGCUCCUCUCCAUGCAGGGCUGGACCUCGGCCCCCAGCACACAUGCACAGAUGUGCAGCUUGACCUCCAUAUGGGUCCCCCAGCAACUGGAGCGGGGCUAUCCCAAAAACUGUUGCUUGUCUGUGGAACCUAUUCCCCAAUAGGGCUGCCUUGUCUGGCCUCAGUGUGAGAGGAUGUGCCUAGCCCUGUACAGACUUGAAGUGCUAGGGUAAAAGGAUCCAGGGGAUGGGGAUCCUCCACCCUCUCAGAGCAUAAGGGGAAGGGGAAUGGAGGGAGGAACUGUGUGAGGGGGUUCUGGGAGGGGGGAAAGUGACCAGGAUGUAAAGUGAAUGAAUAAACAAACAAACAAAUAAAUUUUUAAAAAA